AUGAAUGACAGGAUUCGUUCGACUCUCAAUGGCAAUCCAAUAAUUUUCAUCCUUCGAAUCUCAAUUUCUGGGCACGAGCCCACCUCAAUGUCUGCGAUCGCGACGGUGGUCGGGAGAUUAAGAAAGUACGUUCUUCAAAUGAUGAUGCAACUGACCCGAAUCACCCUUCACAUUCGGAUUUGGAGCAACCAAAUGUGGAAUUGUUUCUUGAUUGGUCCGACUACUGUGAACGUUCGUGUUACUGGACUUACUCCGGGCAAACAUGGGUUUCAUCUACAUGAGUUCGGCGACACAACAAAUGGUUGUAUCUCAACAGGACCACAUUUUAAUCCAAAUGGUUUGACACAUGGAGCUCCUGAGGAUGAAGUUCGCCAUGCGGGUGACCUGGGAAACAUAGUUGCUGACGCCAAAGGUGUGGCUGAGGCUACAAUAGUGGACAGUCAGAUACCAUUGAGUGGUCCUGAUUCUGUUGUUGGAAGAGCUUUUGUGGUUCAUGAGCUUGAGGAUGACCUUGGAAAGGGUGGUCAUGAACUUAGUCUAAGCACCGGCAACGCUGGUGGAAGACUGGCAUGUGGGUGGUUCCAAUCUUUAGUUUCAAAGCAAGGAAUCCUCCUUGAACUGAUGACGAAAAAAUCUGAAGAUCUCAGUAUUGUGCAUGCUGAGUGA